AGAGAACCGCCACAGGUUGACAGCUGGUACAGAUGUUGAGCGAGUAACAGAAGAAACAAGACUCUCAACUGAGGUUCAAAGCAACAACAGAGCUCUACAGGCAUCUGUGGCGCACCCGGCAGAGGAUGCAGCUGGUUGUCAUGGCAACAGUGCUGGCACUGGUGGGGGCGGGGCAGGGCUGCAGAUCCAGGUGUCAUCUGACUGAGGUCCGCAUCCCCGUGGAGAGCUGUGGCAUCACCGAGUGGAUCAACACCAGAAUAUGUUUAGGACAGUGUUACCACGAGGAUUCGCCCUACAUCAGCCCUACUGGCAGGGAAAAACAGAAAGUCUGUAACGGGGACUGGUCCUACGAGGUGAUGCACAUUAAAGGAUGUCCAGUGGGUGUCAGGUACCCUGUGGCCAGAAACUGCAGGUGUACCGAAUGUAACCCCGAAAACGCGUACUGCGGGCACUUUCACGGACACGUAUCCAGCUGUGUCUCAUUUUAAAGAAACCUCUCGUCUAUCCUACAUUUACUUAUUGUCUUUGUGUCACUUGACCUGGUACCAAAAUAAACAUGUAUCACUAA